AUGCCCUCGAAACCCUCCUUCUGGUCCAAGUCGAACAAGUCGCAAGCUUCUGUGGGCAGUGCCACCGACUACGCGUCGUCGGCCUCUUCAGAACACCGCUUCAGACAGCCAGACGACGCGCAGCUGCGCACCUAUCCCUCGCCGCUCCCGCCAUCGCUCCAGAGCUCCAACCUGUCGCUCGAUCCCCCGCCCGCAGGUGCCGUCGUCGGCGCUGACGCCCCCGCCACGCCCGUCAACCGCGCCAGCGCGCAGCCCUAUGCCUAUACCCCGCAGCCCGACCGCAGCGUGAACACCGUCCCCGAGAAGAAGUCGCUGCGCAGCAGACUCGGCCUGGGCCAUUCCUCCAAGGAAAGCACCGAUUUGCAAUCCAAGGACAAGGGUCUCGGCAGACGAGUAUCUGUCAGGAAGAAGGACGUCCCCGGCCAGCGUCCGCAGAGCGUCGCCGAAGACCACCGCUACUGGCAGCAGGCCAAGCAGCUGGCACCAUCGCACGAGGUUGACGAGCACAACGCGCACCUUGACCCGUUCCUGGUCCAGCCUGAGCCACGCUCACCUGUUCCGCCUGCCAAGGAUCCCUACUACGAGCCCAAACCACCGCCGACCAUUGGCCAGAACCCCGACCCGAACGAGUACCGUCGUGCGUCGCUCGCUCGUGUCAACACCCAGCAGAGCUUCCAGCAGAGUCUGCGCGGCCGCAAUUCGGGCGAGUAUCAACACGGCCCCCACCCGCACGGCAACGGUGGCUUGAACGCCCAUAAUCCGCCCCCACCACACUAUCAGCAGUCGUACCCCCAACAGCCGCAGGUACAGGCCAACCAGAAUCAGCAUUACCAGGCCCUGAAUCCGCAUUCCGCCGACGGCGUUCACCCCCCGAGCCAGCAGCACCCGCACGAAUUCGACUCUGAGCAAGCAGCACAGGAGUACAUUAAAAAGCAGGCCGAUUUUCAGGCAUACCAGCGCCUCCAAGAGCAAGAGCAGCAGAAGCAUCAACAGCAGCAGCAGCAAGGCCGACCUGGUUCUAGGCAGCAGCAGGAGCAAGACCUUCAGUUUAUCCCACCGGAGACACCUCAACAACAGAAGUUUACUCCAAUUGUUCGUGUCCCAGUUCAGCCGCAGCCGCAACCGCAGCCCCAGCGACUUUCCCACGAACAACCAACGCCUCAUCCACCGCAGGCACCUCCAUCUCCUUCUCCGAGCCAUCAGAGCCAGAACCUUGCCCCGCACUCCGCACAGGACUUUGUCGUUACUCCGGUGAAGGAGAUUCAUUCGCAGCCAUCGACCGAGCAGAUGCCUCCAGCUUCGAACAAACGCUCAUCCGAAGUUCCUAAGGGAGGCAUGGGGGGUCCUCCUUCGAGGGAGAACUCCAACCUCGCGCAGCAAGCUAACCGUCAGACCUUUAGCGCAGACGUUGUUCCUUCUGGAGCGCAGGACCAGCGUUUUAGAGGCGGUAAGAAUGGCAGCAACGACAAUGAGAGUGGCCGUGGCACCCCGCCGCCGAAGCGUGCCGUUAGUGACAUGAGCGACGAAGAUGUGGCGCAAUUGAUGAAGGAGCAUGACGUCUUGCGCGAGAAGUACCAAAAGGUCAAGCGGUACUUCUUUGAGCAGCAGUCUCAGGUUCAUUCGCUGCAGAAUACCCUGGCUCACCAGCGUCUUUCACAAUCGCGUACAUCUCUCGAUGAUACCGAGUACCAUGCUCGAUUUGAGCGUCUUCACGGUCUUGUCAAGCAAGCAGCUUUUGCAAUUAGGAAGAUCUGGAAAGAAAUUCCACCCUGGUUGCAGACGGCUGUCAACCAUGAUGCCGUAAAGGUCGGCACGCGGGAGAUGACAGCCGUCGGACGUGCCGUCCUUAGCAAAUGGCUGAUCGACGAGGUUUUCAAUAAAUUUUUCCACCCAGAUUUGGACCAGCACCUCUCCAAACAGCUCAAGAGCUGCCACAACAACAUCCGCAAGAACGCCCCCAUAGCAACCAAUCCGGAAGAAGAGGAAGCUCUCACCUCCAAGCUGGUGAACUGGCGCCUCGCAACCAUCGAGGGCUUUGCAGAGCAGCUCCGCGGGCCGCAGGCGACGGCCAACCGCGAACUCCUGAUCAAAUCCCUCAACGAGUCGCUGACGGCCACGAUGGAGAUGUACGUCGUGGAUCCGAACCACGAGGACUUUUUGGAGCUGAAGGCGAACGUGUCGCCCAUCAUCGAGCUCACCAUCAACAUCAUCUCGCACCUGCCGCUCGAGAGCCGCGAGAUCGUCGUCGAGCACUACCCGCCGGGCCACGGCAUCAUGGGCGAGCAGAUGACGGUCGAGAGCGGCAUCCCCCCGCUUGCGCAGCCCUGCGCCGACGGCGUCCUGCAGCAUCGCGACAGCGAGUCGGCCGAGCGCGCUAGCCUGGCCAGCGCCACCAGCGACCUCAAGGACGUCGCGUCCGUGGGGCCCGCCGGCGGCGAAGACGACUCGCAGCAGAGCUCGCCGCAGGGCCAGCAGCAGGGCGGCCCCCAGCAGCAGCAGCAGCCGGACGGCAAGCGCUCGGGCAGCCGCAGCAUGUUCUCUAGCAUCAUGGGCGGCGGCGGCAAGAAGCUGCAGCAGAGCGAGGCCCGCCAGCGCGAGCGCGAGCAGCAGCUCGGCGCCACGCGCACCGGCGACAACGGCGGCAGCCAGGUCAGCCUGCAGUCGGCGCCGCCCAAGGAAGAGCUGCCGCCCAGAGUGCGCAUCGCGACGGGUCUGAGCGUGCGGAUCUACGGCAAGGGCGUGCUGUGGAAGGCGACGGUUUUCCCGACUGCUUAA